ACAAAACAAAACAACGCAACACAAGAAAGAGUUACAAGAAACCUCGUAGUAGCGUUUCUUUUCUGUGGGGUCACUCUUUUGUGUUGUAUUGUGUUGUUCAUCUUCACGCCUUCUUUUCCAUUUACAAUUUCAUUCUCUCUCUCUUUCUCUCUCUACACACACACCGUUUUCUUCUUUCUUGUUUGUGUGUAGGAUUUUCCGCGAUUCCUGUGUUGUCGUCAUCAUCAUCUUCUUCUACCCUUUUGCCCAAAGAUUGAAAAUUUAUUUGUUAUUCUUCCCUGGGUCUUUCUCAAUUUCGGUCCUUGGCAUGGCUAAUUGGAGAAAACAGCAUGGUGAGACUCAUCAUCAAGUGGGUCGCUGGCGAUCCUCAAAUUUUAACUCCAAAAGAAAGCCAUCCUUCGAUAAUUGGCAUUCAACGGUGCCAGCCUGGGAAAAGAAGUUUUGCACUACGGUUGGUUCAGUGCCGUGGGGAAAACUAAUAGAAUGCAAAAAGUAUAUGGAUCUACACAGCAGUGUGGUAAACUGGGACGACUCUGCUGGCAAAGAGGCAUUCGACAAUGCGAAAAGUAGGUUUUGGGCUGAGAUCAAAGGCCUCCCUUGUGACAUAUCUUUGCCCGAUCCCAACAUGUACAUUGACAAUGUCGAUUGGAACUCAAGCGUGGACCCUGAACUUCUUCUGGACUUGGAGAAAGCCAGGUUCGAGGAUGACGCUCGAGACGAAGUUAGCAGUGGUAACCAAUCUCAGGUCCAGGAUCUGCCUAUUUGCCCUACCGGAUGGGAUGUCGACGUAGAAGAAAAGCCUUCUGAUCCGCUUUCCACUGUUGUGGCCCAAGGUUGGGGCUAUGACCUGCAAGAGAACAAGGGAGUAGACUCUUGGGAACAGAAUUAUUUUCCUCCAGCUGAACCCGCGAAAGAAUAUGAAUGGCAAUAUUCUGGGAAUGAUGCUUGGGGUUGGAACCAUGAGCAGUCCUACGGCGUGGACUUCCACAACAUGGGAAAAGGAAGAACCGGCGGGAAUACAAAUUGGGGGGCAUGGGAUGGGUCCAAUAGAAGGAGAGAGAACAUGUCAUGGUCUAAAACCAAUGGACAUCAUCAUGGUAAUCAUAUGAGUAGAGGAAGAGGAAACAACAGAGGAAGAAGAAGAGGAAGUUUUGCUCAUGUGGAUAAGGUACCUACUGCUACUGCAUGGCAAGUGAAGACAUAAGAGAAGCUAAGGAUCAAAGAUUCAAAGGCAUAUUAAUGAAACUGCUAGUUUUGUGAAGGUAGCUUGGAGAUACAUAAGUUUUGUUCUCUAGAAAACAUUGUAAAAUACAUAAUAAUAAAACAACAGGUUUUUAUGGUAAAAGUAGAUUGAUAUGAGAGGAAGGAUGAGACAGCAUUUGUUUCAAACUUUCAAUACAAUUUAUUAGAUAGCUUUUAUGUUGGA